UCGGCAGGUGGGUUGAGGCUGCUGGGGCCAGCCGCCGCCAUGAUCCUGCUGGAGGUGAACAACCGCAUCAUCAAGGAGACGCUCACUCUCAAGUUCGAGAACGCGGCCGCCGGAAACAAACCAGAAGCAGUAGAAGUAACCUUUGCAGAUUUUGAUGGAGUCCUCUAUCAUAUUUCAAAUCCUAAUGGAGACAAAACAAAGGUGAUGGUCAGUAUUUCUUUGAAAUUCUACAAAGAACUUCAGGCACAUGGUGCUGACGAGUUAUUAAAAAGGGUGUACGGGAGUUUCUUGGUGAAUCCAGAAUCAGGAUAUAAUGUCUCUUUGCUAUAUGACCUUGAAAAUCUGCCUGCAUCCAAGGAUUCCAUUGUACCUCAAGCUGGCAUGUUGAAGCGAAACUGUUUUGCCUCUGUCUUUGAGAAAUACUUCCAAUUCCAAGAAGAAGGCAAAGAAGGCGAGAACAGGGCAGUUAUCCAUUAUAGGGAUGAUGAGACCAUGUAUGUUGAGUCUAAAAAGGACAGAGUCACCGUAGUCUUCAGCACCGUGUUUAAGGAUGACGAUGACGUGGUCAUUGGAAAGGUGUUCAUGCAGGAGUUCAAAGAAGGACGCAGAGCCAGUCACAGCCCCCAGGUCCUCUUUAGCCACAGGGAGCCUCCUCUGGAGCUGAAAGACACGGAUGCUGCUGUGGGCGACAACAUUGGCAGUAUCACCUUUGUGCUGUUCCCUCGCCACACCAACGCCAGUGCCCGAGAUAACACCAUCUACCUGAUCCACACGUUCCGGGACUACCUGCACUACCACAUCAAGUGCUCUCGGGCCCAUAUUCACACACGUAUGCGGGCAAAAACAUCUGGCUUCCUCAAGGUGCUGAACCGUGCACGCCCAGAUGCUGAGAAGAAAGAAAUGAAAACAAUCACGGGGAAGACGUUUUCAUCCCGCUAACUCUUGGGAACAGGAGGAGGAAGCGGCUGGCGACUGAAGGCUGGAACACUUGCUACUGGAUAAUCGUAGCUUUAAAUGUUGCACCUCUUCAGGUUCUUAAGGGAUUCUCUGUUUUGGUUCCAUUUUGUACACGUUUGGAAAAUAAUCUGCAGAAACGAGCUGUGCUUGCAAGGACUUCAUAGUUCCCAAUAAUUAAAAAAAAAA